AUGCUGCUGAAUGUCGGACUUCUUGUCGUUUGCGUUGUCCUUGUCAUCUUCCUUGUCCUGUACCUCUUCUACUGGAACAGGUUCUUUGCUUUCAUAUUCAGUCUCAUCCUCCGACUCGCACUCUGGAACCAAGAGGAAUCGAGCAUAUGGCUUGAAUUCGGCUCUUUUCAUUUCUCCACUCUUGCAGGACGCAUUCUCAUCAAGGACCUCCGAUACCAUUCGAGCAACCAGACGUUUCGCAUCGUUAAGGUACAAGCAUCAUGGAGAUACUGGCUUCGCCGCCCGGCAGAAGAGGAGGAUUUGAGUCAUGCCCGCGUCAUCGGAGAGGAAAAACAAGGCAUGGACUCUUCACCACUCGGAUGCCGCAUCCAUAUCACCUUGCAAGGCCUCGAAUGGUUUAUGUACAACCGCACCUCGUCCUUCGACAACAUACUGUCCCAACUCAACGUGGAUAUCCCUACGAUACCCGGUCAUACGCCCCUUCAGACCGACGGCACCCCCUCUGUUCGCAAGAUCUUCAGCAGAACGACCGCCCCAGCUUCUAUCCUAGGUUCUCCCCUCUCUCUGGUUUCCUCCAUCUACAAGCAGACCCCAAGAUUCUUCAAAACAGGAGCGGACUGGCUGAGAAGCCAAAUGCCGAAGUUGGAUCCCAAGGACUUACUUCCUAUCAGUAUUGGAGUGUUGAAGGGAGCCAUCACCAUUGGGAAUUCGUCCACCCCCAACCUUUUGAUCGCAGAGUUUCAACGGGCGGACGGCACAUACGGCAUUGUCGAAGCACGCUCCAAGCAUGACGAACACAAGCAAGUCAUGAACUUCAGGCUGCACAACCCCUCCGUCUCCUACGUCGAGAAUGACCAGUAUCUUUCCCCGAUGACCGAAGUGGGGCGUCGCGCGCAUGAGUUGGUCAACCGCGCCGAUGGAGCACCUUUACGCCAUUCCUCCUACCUCUCGUUCUCUUCUUUCCGUCGCAUAUGGAGUCAACUGAAGCUCUGGACGCUGCUCGUUCCGCUCGACCAAACCCUCAAGAGUACCCACUAUUCAAUGCCAGUGUCACAUCCGCAAUCAUGGGGUCGUCGUAAGCAGCAGAAGAACGAAGACGACGAAACACGCCCAGGUGGAGACGCUGCUACUCGCGAGUAUGCAAUUGAACGCAAAAUCUUGGAAGCCAAUGUUGUCGAGUUGCUCUACUAUGUCGACGUGGUUGGUCUUGUCCCUGCGCUAGAACCCGGCCAUCAGGCUCAGAUCGAAAGCUUGGAUCCUUUCGAGAUUGGGAAUGGCGACCUUCCACCGGAGUGGGGAAUUGAUCUUGUCAUCAGAGGCGGUUUCAUUCGUUACGGACCGUGGGCGGAUCGUCAAAGAGCGCUCCUCCAGCAGGCAUUCUUCCCGCCGGCUUUCGCCACCGCGUCCCUUACCGAGCGCCUCAAACCAGGAGAUAUGCGCAUGUGGACAGGCAUGAAGGUGUUCAUCGAGCUUCGCGAUGGCGUAACCCUCCAACUUCCUUUCCGUGAAGCCUCUAAGAACUGGCAAUGGGAUGGAAAAGUCGACUACAGCGACCGGCCGAAGAAACGGGAAGCGGCAUCCAUCCAUGUGCGAGCUGGCGACAGUUCUACCAUCAGUUACGUUGUUCCCAUGAUAGCGUCGACCAACGGGUAUCUCUCAAUGCUGGAAGUACACUUGGACACGGUGACAAUGACAUCAAGUCUGAACGAUAUACGCCUUUUGUCCGCGGAAACUUGCCGAAUUCGCAGUCAUCUACCGGCGCCUCUCAAGUGGAAUGGAUCACGGCAGUGGACAUUCGCUAUCUCCCUGCGGCAGCCCUGCUUCUACCUACUUCGCGACCACAUCAAUAUGUUCGCAGAUCUAGGGAAAGACUGGGUAUCGGGUCCUCCAGGAGACCUCAACACAUUCAUCCCCAUGAUUUAUGUUAUCGACCUCGACAUGCACAACUACAGCAUCAACUUGUACGUGAACGACCACAACAUCAUUGACAAACCCCUCAUCAAGGAAGAGAACGCUCUGCUGACGCUGCAUGGAACACAUUUCACUCUCGGUGCCCAAAUGCCCUUCACGAAGUACCGACCUGACGUUACCACCGUGUCAUUCUGGCUUGAGGUCCCGGAUGUCUACGUCGAUCUUUCGCUUCCUCGCUGGAACAUUUUUAGCAUGUUCGCCACCCCGGACCGCAGCCAAGUUGGGCGCAUCGGUAUGCUCAACAUGAACGGCUCGUAUCGCUAUUUCGCAGAAACGAAGCCCGACAAUGUCGACCAACUUACGCUCAACUUCACGGGUCGAGAUCUCAUCUACAAGGCGUUUGGAUGGACAAUUCGAUACUUCAUGAUCAUGCGGGACAAUUACUUCGGAUCAUUCACCCAUUUCUCGACGCUCACCGAGUAUCUUCGUGGAAGAAAGCGAGGGCAGCCACUCGGCGACCCCAUUCAGCUACAGUAUCGCGAAGGAUCUUCGAACGCCAUGCAAGUCACCAUGGGCCUAGAGGUGCAAACUGGAUUGAUCGUCGUCCCUGCCGGCUUUUAUGGGUACGAACGAUAUAUCGCGGAGCAUGCGCACAGCUCCCCCGAAGACCUUGGGCCGUGUUUGCUGCUCUCCUUGCCCUCAUCACAACUUCAUCUGCGAAGCAACGACUACUACAUGGAGAUGUCACUCAACAUCGACACCAUCACGGGCCGGUUCAGCGAGCAUUGCUACAACUCAUCGGUCUUCACUACGACAGAUCACUUCGGUUCGAAAAGGCAGAAGAUCGUUAUCGACGGUCUCGACGUCGUAGCCAACAGACUGUUCGGCCAUCGUCCAGCCACCUCGACAUAUGUUUGUAUCUGGGAGAUACAUGUCGGAGACUUGAAAGCUGCUCUCAAUGCGUAUGACUGCAAGCUCCUCUCUGCCGUUGGUUCAUCAUUCGGACUGAAUUUCUCCGACCCUCUCAACUCACCCGCCAAGGAGUUUGCCGUUACCACCGAUCCAGAUGUAACAUUCCUCAAGGUCAAGAUUGACUCAGUCAAUGCUAUUUGGUCUGUUGGGACUGCUGCCGCAGAAUUCUCUCUUCCUUCAGGCCUGCGAAUCGACAUGAACGAUCUCGCUGGGAAAACCUUCCGGAAAGUCACGGGAAUUCGUCUACUAUCUGGAAUCGUCAGGCUGUUCCUCGCUUCCAAACAAGAUCACGCACGAUGGCUCGAGACCGGAGAUGUCAAGUUCGAUGUCGACGUCGACAUCUAUUCUGCGCCGCUGGGAUGGCGGGAGUCUGCAAUGCGUCAGAUCGAGUUCAUUGUAGAGCAAGAUGCUGCUACUGGACGAGCGAAGAUCUUGUACAGCCCUGAAGAUCUUGCAACUCCCUCACACCGUCUACGACCGGGCCGGGGCAUGUUGGACAAUGACUUCUAUCUCCCCCAAAUCCGUAUUCCUAGGCUCUAUCCAGUGGAUGGAUCACAUGAUCGGCUCGCAGUCCCCAUGGCUUAUUUGCGUGAAGAGCUUUCUGAGUCCGAUCUCGACCCCGUGCCAGAAGCUGAACGCGAUGCUCGAUUGGCGGAUCUCCGACCUGCAAGCUUUGCAACCGAAGUGCCGAGCGAUUAUGAAACUGGAUUUUCUAGUGGAGAUGAGUCUGACGAACACGACACCGACUGGUCCACCGAUUACGCUGACACAAUCGACGAUGCUUCAUUGGAGUCAUCUUGGCCCUCUGUCAAUCAGUAUAGUGCACUUUGUCGUCACUAUGAAGGUCGCUCUGUUGCUCGCCCAUUGCUUUGGGAUCGCUCUCCAUUCUCUAUCACCAAGGACGUGUCUCGCAACACCAAGUCCUCCGUUCACAGUCUGGACGCGGACGUGCUUCCUAUGGCUGCUCUACCUACCGUUUGGACGGACGCAGAUCGAGACGAUCCUGAAGAUGGAAACAAGAGUGUAUUCCGAGUUCACUCCAAAGACGGUGUUAUUGUGUGGAUUACUCCUUUGGUCCUGCCUGUCAUCAGCUACCUGUUGGCUGAUCUGGUGUCCAGUCAACUCAGCCCGGAGUUACGUUUCGACGCGCUCGCAGCUCGCUACAUUAGGUCAUUCGGCGUGGACCACGUCGACAGUGUCAACUUGUUUGACUUGCACAUACCAAGUGUGGAAGUGCGAUCCGUGCAACUGGUCCAUGCGUUGAGUUCGCGGACAGCCGUCAAAACGAAUAAUCAGGCACUUUCUGGGGAGCUCUGUAUCACUGUCGCCGAGUUUCUGAGCACACACAUCCGUCUACGUGGUCGCCUCGCUCCUGGACAAACCCAGCCAUCAGCACGCGAUAUCACCUUCGCCUUUUCCUCCAUGUCGGUGGCGCUUUUGUCGAAGUUUCCCGUCAGCAGAGCCUACAAGCACGACCAUAUGAAAAUUUGUCACCUGGCUCUGGGCCCCAGUCUGGCGUCGAUCAUCUGCAACGAUGCCACUCUCUCGCUCGGUGUCAUAUCGUCGGAUAUCUCUCAUACAGGACCGAACUACAUAUUGGGCACGUUGGUCGUCCUGGCUCGUUACAUCGGAGGCAUAUUCCACGCCCACAAGGCCUCAAAGUUGACUGCUCCGCCCACGAAUCUAGAGACAAUCCACGGCACCCUGAUCCAGUCUCGCGACACGUCGAUUGUCGAUCCGCUCUCCACCAUCCAGCCCUCUUAUCUCGUUCAACAAGGUUUACCUGACAAGCUCCGCAAAGACGCGACGUUGAAGUUCCUCGUCUACCUACGCGGCUGCCUCCGGUUGCUAAGUGAACACCAACGAGCACAACUUCACCUACCACAAGCAGACAUCUCCAUCACCGAGAUUCUGGAUAACGUUCAAUCCCAGUUGCUUGGUACUGGUGAUGACACUUCUUCCAACCCGUCCCAGCAGACAUUGUUGCAAGAGUUGCUUCGUGGACCUCGCAAAAAGGAUUCCACAACCCCCAAAGAAGAUUCUUUCCUCAAGUUACCCUUCGACACCUUUACAUUCACUCUGGCUGGGCUUCGCUUACACCUUCGUCAUCCUGCUGAACCCACGGAAAGUGACUUCACUUCAGGUCCCUCCACGAUCCACUUCGUUCACCAGCACGCCGAUCUCGUAUCGUCGACUGUUUGGAGUCCGGGAAAGAGCUAUCCGAACGUCACUACGAGAGACAAAGAACGACAUGACCUCCAUCGACUCGCGCUCACGAUUACACUGGACCAUAUCUCCUCGACUGUUCACCCCGAAGUCGUCGAGUUCGUGCAAGUAGUAUUGAAGGACUACAAGCGGCAUGGCGUCCAUAUGCGAUCUGCUUGGCGACACACACGUCCCCAAGACACGGACAAAGCCUCUAUCCAUUCCCUUGCACCCCGCCCUGCGCUUUCCGUUCACCAACCGAUGCCUACGUUGUCUGUUGAUGUCACCCUUGCCAUGCGGUCCUUCACCUUCACCGCAGCGACGGAGCAGCUUCUUCUACGUUUCAAGAACGCGGAGGUCACGUACGCCUCGUCAUCGGUGGCCACACUUCCACGUACAGAAAACCCCACGCCAGACAUCUCCACCAAUCAGUCGUUAUCCGUUGAAUGCGCAGUACUGGAAGCAUCCUCUCCUGCGUCCGCCAGCGUUCCCAAGGAACGCACCCUGGCUUCCCUCACUCUAGGCGAUGCAAAGCUUAACAUGCUACUGCAGCAAGAUGCUCACAAGAACGUCACCUGUCGGGCCCUUGCUGGUCUUGGGAAGCUUCACCUCGAUGUACCUCGAAGUGCGCUGCGAUUGUAUCGAUUCGCUGAAGGGUGGAGGGCCGACUAUCUCCCCCCUCUGGAUGCAACGGUCCGCGCAUUACUCUCAGAGAUGCGAUCGUCAACCUCCCCCAGGCCUCCGUCCGUCACUCAACCACAGGUAUCGCCAUCACCGAAACUGCUCAACUUCCAGGUUCAGGUGUCGGUGACGUCGAUGAAGGCAACACUUCAAGUAAUGCAUGGCACCUGGGUUUCUUGGGAGGUCCGUGACACAAUAGGCUUCGUCCUCGAUGAGCACCGUCGGAAAAGCGCGCAUCUGUUUGGGCUGCAAAUGGGCCCCCAUAUAUUCGACAUCUCCAGGUCACGGGCAGGAUCACACCACCACAGUCGCCAUAUUGGUUUGCGGCUUGAGCUUCCCACUGUCACUCUUCGAGGCCGCCAUGACGUGCAUGGUCUUCAAGGCAUGGCACUAGUCGAGUUCGUUGAGGUCUCCGUCCGACCGUCGGAUUGGGACACGCUCCUUUCCGUGCAGCAAAAGUCAGGGCAAGACUUCAACGAUCUCAUUCGUAUCAUUGAGCAGUCACGACAGAAGCGACCCUUGGCUGCCCCUUUGCAAACCCCCAGCAGCCCGACCCGCGAAAAGAAGUCUCCUUUCAAGUUCAAUGGCCACCUGAAGAUGAAAGGCUUCCGUAUCGGUCUCCAGGGCCUAGCAUCAACGCUCUUCUUGGAGUGUGAUGACAUUAGCGGUGGUUUUGGCAGCCACGGUCGCUCCAUGUGGCACGUCAAGCUAUCAGACCUUGCUCUUUCGCUGGCCUCUCAAGCGUCUAUCGGAACGCCGUCCCAUCGUGAUCGGAGAUCUGCUUUUGUGCGGGUGGAUGCGGAAGCUAGCAUGGGCAAGAAGACGCACUCCGCUUUACCUCAUCUUGACGUGAAGAUCAACAAGAUUCAUGCGGUGAUGCAACCGAGUUCCAUUGGUCAGCUCGGAGACUUCUUCGAUCACCUUCAGGCCGAGGUCCUUAUCCAAAAGGAACAACGGGCGAACGACCUCGAGGAAUUCAAGGAGAAAACGAAGAGCUUGAUGAAAUCUCUCGAUGUCAAGCUUGGAGAGACGAGCACUUCGGAGAGAUCACUCCUCGAGCUGUACACCGCCUCCAUCAUCAUCCAGAACAUUGGCGUGGCUUUCCCACUCACACUGGCUCGAGAUUUGCAGAUGUCUCGUUCCGGGAGUCACGACGACAAUGCCGUACGAGCCUUCUUGUUCUCGAUCAAGAGUCUCAAGUUCGGUACCCAGUCUGGCGAGAAUGGACAGGCGUCAAUGUCUAACUUCUCUUUCCAGUUCGUAUCAAGGUUCAGACAAAACAACCCUGCUGAUUUCUCAGGCGAGAGUCACAAGACGCGGAACCGACUUGUCUAUCCAGAGAUGACCGCCAACAUCCGAUCAGAACACGCCGGUGAUGCUCGCCGUGUGUGCGUCUUUGCUGAAGUCGAUGGUUUCGUGCUCGACGUCGACUCGACAAUCCCCGACUUCAUCUCGUCUCUCCUCGAUGUCUAUCGGCAAGGCAAAGACAGAGUGGAGCGGUUAGCUGGAGCGGUACCCCGUCCGUCACCGAGCAUAGAAACCCCGCCCCCCACAGACACCACUCAGACAGAACAACGCUAUAGCGCGCUCCCAACCUCCAACAUAUUGGCGUCUCUGACCUUUUCCAGUGGCAAAGUACGCAUGCACAGCCGGGACUCAUCAUCACAACCACCUCGCAGUCGUCCUUUGUCUACCUUGCUUUACGGUCGUUCCGAUGACUCCAAUGGUGCCGAAGAAUUCAACCUUCCAGAGGUCUCGGUGUGGGGAGAAUUCCGUGCCACCCCUGCAGUACACAAACUCUCGAGCACAGGCCAGGCUGCUGAGCCGUCAACGUUGAUGUUCAAGAGUACCAUACACUCCAGCCAGAAUACUCUCAGACCAACUCUCCUUCCUUUCCUUUCCGAGCUGAUGAACAAGAUCGAAGACCACAUGCGCACUGCCAAUGCACCAGGACCUCCAGCUUCACCGGGGCCCAAGAGUGGGCUGUUACCGCCGAUAGCCACCACACCAAUCACCCCCAUUCCAACGCCAGAAGAACUGUCGACCCGUCCGUCCGAUCCCGUUUCUAGCAUGAAGAUAAGCUUCAGUCUUCGUAUCGAUCAAUCCAAGCUACUUCUCACCUGCCGACCUGACGCCAACGUUAUCGGAGGCUUACAUUGGGAUAGCGGCGGCUUCGUCGUCAACAUCGCCCCUGGAGCUCGUCGCAUCUCCUUCACCGGCACUGUUGGGGGCCUUACUGUAUCUCUCAAGCACGGUUUCCUCAGUGAAGAUUGUGUCAAGUUGGACGCUAGGAAUCUCAACUUCUCAGUUGCCUUUGCCAAACUUCAACAGAAGAAUCGAACUCUGAGCUCGAUCUCCGUUGUCUUGGAUACAGAGUUUUCGGGCGGUCUGCGUUUCUCGAGAUUCCAAGAUGUCCUCUGCUUCAAGGCGGUGUGGUUAGACCGUAUCCCUGCCAUCGGCGGUGCAGCACUCUCCACUCCGGUUGAUCGACUUCCUCCCCCCACCAGUGCACUCCCCAUCCCCGUCGCCUCUCACGGUUCUGUCACGGGGCUAGCAGAGAAGCAAGAACUCACUACCGCCGUACUGGUUCGCCUUCGCCAAGUCGAGUUGGAUGUCGAUCUGGGCCAGUCAAUCAGCAAUGUGAAGCUCACCCUAGAUGACACUACUGUUCGGACCAAAAUCACCGAGGUACUGUCUGAACUCUCCCUCGCCAUUGGCAAGUUCUCUAUAGUCGCGUCGGGGAAUCUCUCUGGCCAUGCAGACAUGCCGGACUUCCACUUUCAAACUGUCCGUAGACAGGAUCUUCAAUACGCAAAGAGGGCUGGUGGUCGAAUGCUCGACCUUUCCAUGACCAGCGGGGUUUUCACUGUCAAGCUCGAUUCGGAGUAUCACGAACUUAUUCGUUACCGGGCCGAACCCAUUUCGAUCUACAUCUUCGACGAUUGGUCUGAUAUCUCUUCCGACAUCGCCCCGAAAGACAGACGUGUCAACCUUGACUUCGUUGUCACAGGCUCUGAUAUCUUGGCCAUCAUGACUGUUGGAACAAUACCCAAACUCGUGUCCUAUGCUAACAAGUUCCGAAGCAACCUGGAAACUCAGAAGGAAGGUGCUCGUCGAGAGUCGAAGGCGUUCAGGAUCGCGAACACCCCGAAACCCGACAACCCCCUUUCGGCCGUCGCCAACGCCAUGAUUAAGUCCGCACGAUCUCGCCUGAAAGAGCAUGAGACAGGCCUUUGUUACGCGAUUGGGCAACGAAUGAGUCUCAAGCUUCAGCGUCUACGACUGGUCGUCUUCCCUCGAUCCAUGCGCGACCCUGAACUCGCACAGUUCGUCGGCGAGGACGUCCAUGCUCGUCUUCAACGACUCAUCUGGACAGACAAUGAGCCAGCCCAGCGUACUCUCCAACUGUACUUCUCUGGCAUGACGGUCUCUCGCUACAACCAGCUCCACCACAGCAUUGCGCUCAAGGACACGAACGGAUAUGUGGACAGUCGAGAGUGGCUAUCUGCAGUGAUGGCCCACUCAUCCGAGGCGAUCAUCUUCGGCCUUCCUUCCAUGGACAUGCGGAUGUACUCAGAAGAACCUCAAGAAUCUCAGGACGACGGGGUUCGGCGUAAACUCGAGUAUGACUUCGGCUCCAGCUUCUCCAAGGCCAGUGCCCGGGAUGCAGAAGACAUCUACAUCUCCCUCAACAUGUCGUUGUACUCUUGGCUUACGGUUCUUCGUAAGACAUUCGCCCGGGAAAUGGAAGCUGCACAGCUCUCUUCCGGCGGGGUUGGAACAAGUGUCGCUGCCGUCCCGCUCGCCUCUCGGAAGAAACACGAGAGCAUCAGCUCACCCCUCGCUACCGACAAGGACCGCCCCAGCGGAACCGAGCGCAGUAGAGCGAAAAAGCGUGGCUCCAUUUCUUCACGACCCAUCCCGCUCACUCUCCACUCGGCCGACGAUGCUUCCCAAUUGGUGCCCCUUCGUCCCCCUCAGCCUUCCGCUUCUGUCUCGCCGUCAGCCACCUUGUCUCUGGCCAGUUGCUCAUCCCCCCCGAGCUCAGAUAUCUCUCCUCCCUCCGCUCCUGCUACCUUAAAAAGCGUAACGACGGGCCUACUUUAUGUCCCAAAAAGCCGAAAGAUCGAGCGGUUGACAAUGCGCCAGCUCGGAGAGGCAACCCCUGACGUGAUGCACCCCUUCUUCAUGAAGAAAGCAGGGUUCAACCUCGAAGACUCGUUGCCACAGUACGUCCAUGAGUACGCGACGCUACCCACGGAGGAGAUCAUGAAGAUGCUUCUAAAGCUCUACACGAGACAGCUCACAAGGACUUCUACCGACUCUCCCACCAGCUCCAUACUAUAG